AGUCCUUCGAAUUCGUGGAGCGCUUCUGCCGAUCGCCACGCCCAUCGCGCGUCAAGAAUCACAGCAUGUCCAAAGCAUUUCCAUGGGCGAGGACAGCGCAACUGACGCUGGGAUGGCUUCCAGUAGGGGUCGCGUUUAACUCGCUCGUGUUGAGUUGGGGUCGUGUAGAAGGCAAGUCGAUGCAACCAACGCUGAACCGCGAGGAUGCUGCAUCCGGGGAUGUCGUACUGCUCGACAAGUUUUCCGUUCAAAUACUGCAUCGUUUGGUCCGUGGUGACGUUGUUGUGCUCAAGUCCCCGACAAACCCCGGAGAAAACCUGACGAAGCGCCUGAUUGCGCUGGAAGGUGACUGGGUUGAAGGGCGGUACGGACGCCGUGUGGUCGUGCCUCCUGGCAAGUGCUGGGUCGAAGGGGACAACGAAGACGUGAGCGAAGACAGCAACGAGUUUGGCACCGUGCCCAUGGCCCUCAUUGAAUCCCGUGUCGUCGCCAUCGUUUGGCCACCGAAGCACUUCUCAAUCGUGCCGAACGCGUUGCCGGCAAACCGAGUGCUGUAGCCACUACGAACGACGCCAUGUCCCAUACGUUAGAUAUAGAGCAACUGUCACACAAGCCCACUAACACAACUUUCCUCGACUCGUGAACGCGACUGGAAUUGAAAUGAACUUGUUGCCCAGAACAGACCAAAAUGUUCAUGCCCGAAGCAUGUUUGUCGUCAAGGCAACGAGGACUCCAUUUGAUGAAUAAUACAUAUUGAG